AUGGUACAAUAUGUAGUAGAGUGGUUGCCAAGGAUUAAUAGCGUUUCCGUAGUGGUGGAAGGCUGGAAAUGCAUUAAAGUGAAGAGCUUGAAGAGGACAUUGCUUAGCAUAUCCGGCGAUGAAGGUCAAGAAGAAGACAUUUCACUCCCGGCAGAAGCUGAAGAAAAAGUGGGCAUUCCUUACAAGUUCAGGGAUAGGGGUUACGAUUUAGAAUACAUAAUGAAACUAAGGAGCAAACCUCCAAAAAAAUAUGACUAUUCUAUUAUGUCGCUCCCAGAUGGAAAAUGGACUAAAGAAGAACUCCGCUUGGACCCUGAUUUCUCCAUAGAAUGUCUCCACUGUAAGCAACAAAUUAUAGGUAAAGAUAACUGCCAAGUUCUCAAUAACAUGCCUUCCGAGUUUUGGGUCGAGUUAAUGGAUUAUUGGCAUUGUCAUAAACCAGAUGUUGAGGGAGAGAAAUCUGCUUCUUACUCAAAGUUUGAGACGCUGAAACCAUCAGAAAAUGAAAUUCUUAUUGGAAACUCCUUUUUCCAGGGUACUGCAGCCACAUUUAAGAAUGUGGUAUUGGGAGAAGAUGAUAAUGUGGUUUCGUGCAAAAAGUGCACAGCAGUUUUGGGUCAAAUAACUGCUGACUCACUCUAUAAACUGUAUAAAUGGAGGCUACAACUUGAACACAAUGGAGUUGCAUAUAGAUUUCCUCCGGAGUACGAUGUUGUACUGUCUUUGAUUAACAUCGUUAAGGGAAACUCCUGUCGAUAUGCUCUCAUAAAGAGUCAAAGGCAAACACUGCUAGUUUGGAUAUUCUCCGUUGACAUUGGAGUCACAUUGACGGGGAACGAAGAACUCAAGAGAUCAAUGAAGUUGCUUUACACUGAUAAAGCUAUGGUAAUAAACCAAUAUCUCGAGCGACAAAAUGUUGAGGAAGUGGAUACCCAAGAAACUACGUUUACUGCAUUUUACGCCUGCCUUCAGAAAGUUAACGCACUUCUUCCUUCUAAUAUGAAAAAAAUGGGAGAAUGGACCAUCAGCUAUACUUCAUUAACUUAA